UCACCCCUCAACCGUUUCCAUUCCAACAUCUUCCUUCCAACAAACCACACCAUGCCAUUGCCAUCUACUAAAAAUGUCGAUCCUCCUGCAGCCCUACCCCGCAAGAUCAAGGGUUCCUGGAGCCCACAAGAGGACGCUACACUAGUAAAAAUGGUUGAACAACACGGACCCAGAAACUGGUCCCUCAUCAGCUCCAGAAUCCCGGGCCGGUCCGGUAAAUCAUGCCGUCUACGCUGGUGCAACCAGCUAAGUCCCGAUGUUGAACACCGUCCCUUUACACGCGAAGAGGAUGACGUAAUUGUUCGGGCACAUGCUAUACAUGGGAACAAAUGGUCCACUAUUUCCAGGCUUCUGCCCGGGCGUACGGAUAACGCGAUUAAGAAUUACUGGAAUUCUACGCUUCGGAGACGGGGACUUACUGGGGAGGGGAUGAAACGGGGGGCGGGGGAUGGGUCGAGUGAGUCGACUCAGUCGGUUAACGGGUUGAAACGAAAGUGUUCUUGUACUUUUUUGGAUAAUAGUAGUUGUGAUGAAGUGGAGACGGUGCUCACGCUUUUACCACCCGGGGAGAUAAAAGCGGGGGAGGAAGUAACGGAAAAGGAUGAUGAGGUGGAUAAUGACGUGGAUGGGAAAUCGACGGUGGAGAUGGAUAAUGCGUGUUUGGUGAGGAUUAUGAAGCGUAUGAUAGCGAAAGAGGUCCGGAGUUAUAUCGAUGAGUUACGAGCCCAAGAAGGGAUUUGUGUUACUCGUGGGCCUCGGUUCGGGCCUUCGGCCCAAAAUUGAGAUGAAAUCUAAAGUUUAGCCCGAAAAAGUUAGGAUCAGAUGCUAUAUGUAAUUUGUCUUUGUUUGAAACUUCUGUGGUUCUAUUUUUAGAUCAUUGGGAUGUUAGGUUCCCAAUGUAUUUUGGAAUUUAGGUUUUUAAAGGUAUUUGAAUCUUGAGGAAGGUGAAAUUUAAUUUUAAUGAAAAUUUAUAUUUGGGUUGUAAA